CGCGUUUGGCCUCGAUUAUUAUUUACUGCUCCGUGACAAUGGGUAGACACCUAAAACAGCGAUAUAUUGAUCGCCCAAUUUGACCCUGAUUUGCUGCCAUUUUGGGGCAAUCGCCAGAUCUGCCGAGGUCGCCUCAUCCAAAUUGGGAUGCAGAUGUUUUUGUAUUUGCUAUAAAACAAAGCCGCCCAGGCACAUUAUUAUGGUGGAUUUUUGCCCAAUUUUUAGUGGUGAUUCGUAUAAUCAAACGUGCCAGGCCCUCUACUGUGCCGCAAACUGUGGGCCCACCAUCCCAAGCUACCAAGGUAUAUGCCCCAAUCCUGAUGCCUCAGGAAUGGGGGUCAGGGUGGCAUUCUAUUUGCAGGCGCUUAUGAACACCAUCCUUGUCAUCGUGUCCCCGAAUGAAUCUGCGAAAGGCGCCUGGUCUGCUGUCGUGCUUACUGCUGCUCUCAUCAUCCCCGCUACCAUCCAAAAGUAUCAGCGGAAUCUCUCGUUACAUCACGCAACUAUUGUCUUAAAUUUUUCUACUCUAUCUUGCGUUACUUCACUUGCUGUGGCUCCUAUGUGUUCCCUAUGGCAUCCCCCGUCUCUACCGGUUGGGCCUGGUGCCAGCAGCGAGGGGCAUGCUUCCUCCCGCAAUGACGGUAGCAUUGACGAUUACGGUAGUCCGUGGCGCCCGUCGUUGACCACAGAUCAAGAGAAACAGAACAAGCGCUCCCGUAUCGUGCUGAGCGUAGCACUCCUCCUCCAGAUCUCGCUACAAUGGUACUGGACUAUCAAUUUAUUCACAAGUCACACGUACGCUCAGCCAUGGGCAUCGGGGGAUACCAUCCUUAUGUUCUUCGCUUACCCUUUCCGCGUCAGUUCCAUUGCUGGUUCCACACCUCACUCGAACGGUCGCGUGUGGUACGGAGUAUGGCCUUUAUGGCUGAGUUUUUGCCUCCUCGUUACGUCAUGCUAUGGCAUACUAUUCGUCCUCCGAGCAACUGAAUUUUCAGAAGAUGAAGGGAUGCUCAGUAGAAUGAGUUCGAUGCUAACGACUGUGGGAGCAACUACCGCUUCGCUGCCGUCGGAAGCCAAUCGGAAGAGCAGUUGGGUGCCGUUCCCUGAGCCGGACGAGAAUGACCAGGAAGCGGUUGCACUAUGGUAUUUACCCCCGGCGGAGAAUCGCUUGGCUUGGAGGCUGGAGGUUUCUGGGAAACGUUUAUGUAACCGAGUUGUCAAGUGGGCCAUCUCCGCUGGCCGGCUCAUUGGGAGAAUGGUUGGGGCAGCCAUGCCCCCAAUGGCUUACAACACUGGGUCGAACUUAUUAUCAAUAAAGCGGAGGAUUUGGGUUGGAAAUUUUCUCGCGUUCUGUACAGUAACCUUUUUCUUAAUUGUUACUGAAAUCCAGAUCAAUGUCAAUAAUGUACUUCCAGGAGAAGAUAGUGUGUGGAGUCUCGGCCAGAUGGCAGCUAUCCUGCUGGCUCUUACUCCCGCUUGGGAAUUAUCCACAGAGGUAUACAUGUAUUUCCAAAGGAAGGGGCAGGUGCGGAAGGAAAAGAGCAGAAGGCAGAGAGAGAGGAAAGAAAGGUUUCGCAAGAUAGCGGAGACGGUGGCUCGCAUGAAUCCUAACAGACCGACGGAACGCCGCCGGUUUGCUUCGGCGCUGAAUUUCCCUCCGGCACCUCCCAACUCACGCCGGAGUUCAUGGGUGCGCAUGACUCGGAGGCAUCCCACUUCAUCCACGGCAGGCUCGUCAGGUCAUACACCGCCAUCAUCCCCUUGGGAAAGCCCAACUCAAACCCCAGCAUCCUCUCGUGAUCUCUCGCGGUCACGGUCGUGGCCACGAUCCCGAGUCUCUGGGCAACGGUCCGGAACUUUGCCCGACAUCUCUCACUCCAUUCCCAGCACGACUUCUAAGGAUGAUUCUGACACCCUACGUCAAACAACCCCACGCGUUAAGUUUCAAUCUCCAUCACUUCCUAACGUAUCACUUCCAGAGGGGGACUAUUCCGACCUGCAUGACCAUGAGUGACCAUGAGCCUUGAAGGAAAUAAUUAAGUAAGCCUGGCACCAGACAAGUGGAACCUGGUACCUACAUCAAUGGGAUGAAGAAGCAAGCAGAGCACUGAAAGCUGCGCUGAUGCGAAAGAGGCAACGUCGGGGCUGUCAACAUUGACCCGAUCAAUGGGAUCUCAGCACGCAUUCUGGUCGACUGGAAGAUGUGCCACAUUACAAGAUUGUUCUUACAUGUAUCAAAAUGAAACAUACAUUAGCUAGUAAUCGCAAAUCGCUUGGACC